AUUUCUGGAAAAUAAAUUUUUCAGAGCGUAUAUGGAAAAGCGAUCCCCUUCUUGAUAAUUGGAAUGUCUUGUGUUAUUGCUGGCAUUAUGGCGUCUUUCUUACCGGAGACACUCAAUGAAAAUCUGCCUCAAACUAUCUUUGAUGCUGAAGAGUUUGGCAAGCAUCAGAAGUUCUUUUCUUGCAAUAGGCGCAGGCGUUCAAUUAGCCGAGAGCGUGCUGCAUCUUUAAUCAAAGUCAAAGCAUUAGAGAAUGUUCUUACUUGUGAUGAAAAAGACGCUAACCUCCAUCAGGCAGUAACAGUCCUCCAAAACAACGAUUUAAUUCCUAACGGUGACAAUUAUGUUGUAAUGACAGAACCAGAAAAAGUAUUAAACGACAGAUCAGAUAGUUUGAGGAACCGAAAAAAUUCUCAGUACAUAACCAAAGACCUUUCGACUGCAGCUGCACAAUUUCAAGUCAGCAGUUCUGAGUCAAAUGAAGGCCACACCCAUACUUCUGAGCCCAGCCAAAAAGAUCAGUGUGAUGUUAAUAGAAGCGAAGAGCUCGAAGAAACCAUUCCUCCUGAGAAUGAAGAUUCGGAAGAAAGAAGAAAACUUCCUGUAGAUGCAUCAGCAGAUAAUAAACCUUUUGCUUACGUAAAUGCUGUUUUCUAUAACAACGAAGAAGACUCCCAUCGUCAAAAUGAGCAAAAUGAAUGCAGGCAGAAUAGUUCACCUACUGGUACACUUGAAAAGAAAAGGAAUGUAAGUGCACUGGAGACAGAUACAAAGAUGCAAGUACUACCAACUGAAUCACAGACGGAAUCACACUAACAAUCACAGCAGCUAAAUCAUGUUAAACAGAACAUAUAGAGCUUGUUAAAAGAUAUACAGAAAUAAUAAAAAGUAUGCAAAAGGUACGUAUUACAUUAAAGGUUAAUGUAAUGUCUAGAGACACUAUUGGACACAUUUGGAAACUUCUUCAUUUAUGUGAUUCUUAUCAUCAAGUCACAUCUUAAUUUUAUAGAAGUGAUCCUGUAGGUGCGAGGAAAGAGGUUAAUUUACUUGCGAAGAAGCUGAAAUUCAAUUUAUUUUCGAAUUUGAUUUUAUUAGAAUUUUGAACUGAUAGAGUUUUCAAUCUUUCUUUCGCUUUGAAUUUAUAAUCCCAAUAUAUGCUGAAAAUUAUUUUUUUAAAUGAUAUUACGAGUAUAAAAGUAGAGUAUUUACUGAAAACACAAUGAUGAAUCUAAUACUUUAAUUUUGUAUUGUAUCGUAUUAUUUUUGAAAUGUUAAAAAAUAACCCAUAAUUCAAAGUUACAAGUAUAAUAAUUUAUUUAUUUGAAUAUAUUCCUUUAGAAUGAGCAUGAAUUUGGAAGCUUUAUAUUUAGAUAAUCAUUUCCGUCUGCGAAUCGUUUUUUUACACUUUGUUAAAUUAAACAAAAUACUCAGAAUAAUUUUUACAAUUAGAAGAAAAUAUUUUUUAAAAUUUAAUAAAUUUAAACUUGAUAAACACUUUGGAAACAUAAAGUAACAUGAAAAGAAAGCAAAUUAAGAAUAAAACGAAUUAUCCUUCCCAAUUCAGAAUGUUGAACACCGCGUAUGAAUGAUCUUAAUGAUAAUAAAUAAGAGGAGAUAUGUUUUUGCAAUGAAAUGGUGGUCUUAUUUCAUUUACUAUGACUUAUCAUCAUUUUAUAUGAAGAUUUAAAAGCCGAAAGAUUAAGAGAUAUUUUGAACCAUAACAAAUUAUUAAUCUUUGCAUACAAAAUAUAAUAUAAAAGAAAACAGUGGAGUAGUAAUCUGAAAUGCUAAAAAGCUGGAAUACAAAUGUUCUUUCGAAAGAGAGAUAAGAGAUAUGUAAAAUAUCAAUGACUAAAAAUGCAUUUUCCCAAAAAUUCCUUCAAUGAUAAUAAAAUUUCCAAAAAAAAGUCUUGGAAAGUUUAUCAUUGAAAUGUAAAAUCUGAUGCACGAAGUUCCUAUUUUUUAUAAGAAAAGGAGACUUAAAAUUUAAAUAACAGGCACCUGUUGUAGAGACACAAUCAUUAGUUCAAAUAUUUAGUUUUGAAAAAUGUAAUUUCAUUUAAAUUAUUAUUAUGCAAAAAAAUCACUAAUUUACGUAGUUGUUAAAAGUAUUCAAUUAUGUUUUGCCAAUUAUUCAAUUAUGUUUAUGUCCAAAAAA